AUGAGUCCCGAACCGGUGCCGCCGCCGCCCCCGCCCCAGUGCCCCGGCUGCGACUGCGGGGAGCCGUUCGCCAAGCGCUUGGAGAAGGGCGACGAGGCCUUCCGCGCCGGCGAGUAUGAAAUAGCAGCGGAGCUCUUUCGCUCGAUGCUGGCCGGGCUGGCGCAGCCCGACCGCGGCCUGUGCCUGCGGCUGGGGGACGCGCUGGCUCGCGCCCGCCGUUUACCCGAGGCCCUGGGCGCGUUCCGAGGCGCCGCGCGGCUCGGGGCGCUGCGGCCCGAGGAGCUAGGGGAGCUGGUGGGCAGCCUCGCGUGCGCCCUGGGCCGGCGCGAUUGGCGGCUACAGGAUGGGAGGCCGGGCCGCGCCCCCGAGGAGCCGCGUGGGGAGCAGCCGGCCUCGGCGCCCGUCGCGCCCCGUGACCUGCUGGGCUGUCCGCGCUGCCAGCGGCUGCUCUACAAGCCGGUGACCCUACCGUGCGGGCUUACGGUGUGCAAGCGCUGCGUGGAGUCGGGGACGGCCCGGCCGCAGGCCCGGCGAGUCAACGUGGUGCUGAACGGCCUACUGGAGAAGUGCUUCCCGGCCGAGUGUCGCGUGCGCAAGCUGGCGGGCCAGGCGCGGACUCUGCAGCGACAGCAGCAGCCCGAGGCCGCGCUGCUCAGGAGCGACCAGGCUCUGGAUCUGGCUCCUAGAGAUAAUUCGUUAUUGCUGCUGCGAGCAGAGUUAUAUUUAACCAUGAAGAACUACGAGCAGGCUCUCCAGGAUGCCAAUGCAGUUUGUCAGAAUGAACCUCUCUUAACUAAGGGACAUCAUAUGAAGGCUCAGGCUCUUUCUGGAUUGGGAAGAAGUAAGGAAGCAUUAAAGGAGUUUCUCUACUGCCUUGCUUUAAAUCCUGAAUGUAACUCAGUGAAGAAAGAAGCACAGAAGGUAAUGUGUGAGGUAUUUUUUCCAGCUUCAGAAAACGCACAUCAGAAUUUGACAUCUUCCAUCCAAAGCAGAAUAUUGAACAGCAGGCAAAAGGCUCAGUGUGCCAGCCACGUAAACGCCCAGCCUCUGGAAGAAGGCAGCAGUGCUGGGGGUUCUAAGAAUGCAUCUGAGAAAUCUGAUGUGUUUAGAAAUACCUAUUCUUCAGUUUUGUAUUUUAUACUGGGUCUGCACUUUGAAGAGGAUAAAAAAGUAUUAGAGAGCAUCCUUCCAGUAGCACCCAGCACCGGUUUAAAGAGACAAUUUCCAGAUGAUUUGGAGGACAUGCAUGAGCUGAAUGGCCCUGGGAAAGUACCCAAGAAAGAUUCCUCACCUCAAAUGAACAUGACCUCUAACGUAGGAGAAAGUCCAGAGCUCUCCAUAGAUGUAACUGACUUUGAGUGUGCCCUUUGCAUGAGGUUGCUCUUUGAGCCUGUUACUACACCAUGUGGACAUAUGUUUUGCCUGAAAUGCCUUGAGCGCUGCCUUGACCACGCCCCACACUGUCCGCUGUGUAAAGAAAAACUCUCAGAAUUGUUGGCAAGCAGAAACUUUAAUAUAACUAUUCUGGCUGAAGAAUUAAUAUUUCAGUACUUAUCUGAUGAACUCUCUGAUAGGAAGAGAAUUUAUGAUGAAGAAAUGACAGAACUAUCAAAUCUGACGAGAGAUGUCCCCAUCUUUGUGUGUGCCAUGGCCUUCCCCACAGUCCCGUGUCCACUUCAUGUCUUUGAGCCCCGCUAUCGGCUUAUGAUAAGAAGAUGCAUGGAAACUGGCACCAAACGGUUUGGCAUGUGUCUGUCUGCUGAGCACGCAGGAAUUUCGGAGUACGGCUGCAUGCUAGAGAUUAAGGAUGUCAGAACAUUUCCUGAUGGGAGUUCGGUUGUGGAUGCCAUUGGGAUUAGUCGGUUCAGAGUUCUAAGCCACCGUCACAGAGAUGGCUAUAACACAGCCGACAUCGAGUAUCUUGAAGAUGAAAAGGUGGAAGGUCCAGCCUACGAAGAACUUACCAGCCUUCAUGAUUCAGUUUAUCAACAGUCGGUUUCCUGGUUUACUUCACUUCAGGAUCACAUGAAAGAACAAAUUUUAAGCCAUUUUGGGUUAAUGCCAGACAGGGAAGCUGAGCCUCAGAGUAACCCUAGCGGUCCUGCGUGGUCCUGGUGGAUCCUGGCAGUGUUACCACUGGAACGCAAGGCUCAGCUGGCUAUUCUUGGCAUGAUCUCCCUGAAAGAGCGUCUGCUUGCCAUUCGGCGCAUAUUAGUCAUCAUCACGCGUAAGAUGAACAGUCGGCAGGAGCUGGUUAAUAGCAGGGAGAGAAAUAAUUGA